AUGAAAGGUUUCAGACAGAGGGUUCAUGAGCAGCUUUCGCGCUCAAAAGAUCCAAACAAAACGAAAUCUAAGAAGGGGGAAUCAUCAAAAGAUGGUACAUCUUCACCUUCGCAAUCCAAUUCACAGGGAGCGGGACAAUCGCCCGCAGUAACACCCUCAUCUUCGAGUACGACACUUAAUGACUUGCGGAAUAAACCACUGCCUCCUAAUGAUGGUACAUCUUCAAGUGGUGUAGUCGUGCAACCACCGUUGAACCCAGCAGCUCUUGGUGCAAUGUCUGCUCCGGAUCGAUUCAACACAGGAGGAGGCUCCCCCAGCCCUGGGACACCAAAUCGUCAUGGGGCACUUCCUCCUAGUGUUGUUAUCAGUCCAAGUGCACCAGCUGGUGCGAAGUCAUCAAUGUUCGACCGGUUACAAACAACUCCAAAAGACGUCCCAGAAGGCAUCAGAACACCUAAGCGACAACACUCUUCGAGAUUUGAUAUUUCUCCUCUCCGCGAGUUGGAAAAGCUGCCAGGUUUCCACGAGGUACCUCCUAAUCGCCGCCAAGAUCUCUUUAUGCAGAAGAUUGAUCAAUGCAAUGUCAUAUUUGAUUUCAACGAUGCAAGCGCGGAUAUGAAGUCCAAGGAAAUCAAAAGACUAGCUCUCCAUGAACUUCUUGAUUACGUUGCCAACAACAGACAAGUCAUCACUGAGGCUAUGUACCCAAAGGUCGUCGAGAUGUUCAGUAAAAAUCUUUUCCGUCCCAUACCACCUCCUAUGAACCCCCAAGGUGAAGCUUUCGAUCCCGAGGAAGAUGAACCAGUUCUUGAAGUUGCUUGGCCGCAUAUUCAAGUUGUAUAUGAAUUCUUCUUGAGAUUUAUUGAGAGUCAAGACUUCAACACCAAUAUUGCGAAGGCAUUCAUAGAUCACAGUUUUGUAUUACAGUUACUUGAACUCUUUGAUUCUGAAGACCCCCGCGAGCGAGACUUCUUAAAGACAACCCUUCACAGGAUAUAUGGAAAAUUUCUCAACCUUCGGUCAUACAUUAGAAGAUCUAUUAACAACGUAUUCUUUCAAUUUGUUUAUGAGACGGAACGUUUUAAUGGUAUUGCUGAGCUACUGGAGAUUCUUGGGUCUAUCAUUAACGGUUUUGCUUUGCCAUUAAAGGAAGAGCACAAGCUGUUUUUGACGAGAGUCUUAAUACCAUUACAUAAAGUCAAGAGUCUGAGCAUGUAUCAUCCUCAACUUGCAUACUGCAUUGUUCAAUUCCUGGAAAAGGAUGCGGCUUUAACAGAAGAGGUUGUUUUGGGCUUGCUCCGUUAUUGGCCUAAGGUGAACAGCACGAAAGAAGUUAUGUUCCUCAACGAAGUGGAGGAUAUUUUCGAGGUAAUGGACCCAGCAGAAUUCGCUAAAGUUCAGGAGCCUCUUUUCCAUCAACUGGCAAAAUCAGUUGCGAGUCCACAUUUUCAAGUUGCAGAACGUGCGUUAUACUUCUGGAAUAACGAAUACUUUUGCAAUCUGGUCAGCGAUAAUGUUGAGAUAAUCUUACCAAUUAUGUUCGCACCAUUAUAUGAGAAUUCCAAAGGUCAUUGGAACAGAACGAUCCACGGCAUGGUUUACAACGCAAUGAAGCUAUUCAUGGAGAUCAACCCUCAGCUUUUUGACGAUUGCUCUCACGAUUACACUGAGCAUCAGAACAAUGCUGAAGCUAGAGAACAAGCCAGAGGAAACAAAUGGAAGGCUUUGGAGGAACAAGCAGGAAGGUCGAAGACUAAUGGAGCCGCUUUACCUACAGGUCCAGCUUCUCCUUCAAGAACCAAAACAACCCCAUUACGAGCAGAUGAUGUGGAUCCGAUGACAGAGGACAAUCAGAAGAGGCUAGACUCCUUGAAACUUCAAGAUGGAGAUCGUCGAGAGCGAAGACCCAAUCACGAUCGACAAAACUCGAGCAAUUCCACGUCAGGUCUCGAUUUCGGUUUCGAUACGGAUGCUAAUCGUUCCGUGAGCGGCACCUCUGCAACUACGGUUGUCGGACUCGUUUCGUCAUGGACCUCGACGGUACCGAAAAAGGAAUUGGAUGGUGAUCCAGAAACGAGCGAUCAUUCUUUUAUCGACGACCAGGCUAGUCUUCUCUCUUGA